CCUUCCUCUUCCUGGCGCGGCGUCCGCGCUCGAGGGGCCCCGGAGCGGACCAGGCUCGGGUCACAAUGAAUAACCCUAUACCUUCCAAUUUGAAAUCGGAAGCAAAAAAGGCUGCUAAAAUUCUAAGAGAAUUCACAGAAAUAACUUCCAGAAAUGGACCUGAUAAGAUCAUUCCUGCCCACGUGAUUGCCAAGGCCAAGGGCCUUGCGGUUCUGUCUGUGAUAAAAGCCGGGUUUCUGGUAACGGCGCGAGGAGGCAGCGGGAUCGUGUUGGCUCGACUUCCAGACGGAAAGUGGUCCGCACCUUCUGCCAUCGGGAUCGCGGGGCUCGGUGGAGGAUUUGAAAUCGGAAUCGAGGUGUCGGAUUUGGUUAUAAUUUUGAAUUAUGGCCGAGCGGUAGAAGCUUUUGCAAAAGGUGGCAACCUAACCCUCGGAGGGAAUUUGACUGUGGCAGUCGGGCCUUUGGGAAGGAAUUUGGAGGGAAACGUCGCCCUGCGGAGCUCGGCCGCCGUCUUCACGUACUGCAGGUCCCGGGGGCUCUUUGCUGGCAUCAGCUUGGAAGGCAGCUGCUUGAUUGAAAGGAAGGAGACCAAUCGGAAGUUUUAUUGUCAAGAUGUUCGAGCGUAUGACAUUUUAUUUGGAGACAUGCCGCGGCCUGCUCAAGCGGAGGACCUUUACGAAAUCCUUGAUGCGUUCACUGAGAAGUAUGAGAGCGAAGGACAGCGGAUCAACGCGAGGAGAGCCGCCCGGGAGCGGAGGAAGGCUCCGGCUCAAGAAUUACCUCCAAAACCACUGUCAAGACCACAGCCAUCAUCUCCACAGGGCCCGCUGAGCUCCGGCUCUCAGAGUGACAGAAACGAAUAUAAACUCUACCCUGAGCUUCCCAGCUAUCCUGAGAGAGUCGGCAAUUCCAGUCGACCCACAGAAGUGACAGCACUUUAUUCUUUUGAAGGACAACAGCCAGGGGAUUUGAGUUUUAAAGCUGGAGACAGAAUCACAGUGACAUCAAAAACGGAUUCGAAUUUUGAUUGGUGGGAAGGAAGGCUUCGAGGUCAGACUGGCAUUUUUCCAGCCAACUAUGUUACCAUGAAUUAAACUUUAUACUAUUUUCUUCUUGGAGAAUUACAAAAAUAAUUGUUUCCUCACUGGAUACAGUUAAGCAAUGUUGAGCAUAAGUUUAAAAAUUUGGCACGAAUAAGAAACAAAAGAAACCCAAAUUGGAAAGGAUAAACAUUUAUCCUUUAUGUAAAAUAAUGUAUUUUUCCACCUAUAAAUAAAUGAUUAACAUAUAUCUUUAAAUGCUUUGUACUAAUUUUAUCACAUAUACUAUUUAAUAGUUAAGAUCCUCAAUUUAUAUGGUCGCAGUCCUUUUGUCUUUAUUUUCGAACAUCACUAAAUGUUUGAUUUGGCAAUGUAUAUGGUAACUGUUUCUUUUCAGGCAUGAAUACACAUAUUUUUGCAAAGUAACUAGAAAAAAGAAAUCACCUUACACAGGCAAGUGGUAGUAAUACUUAGAGUUGUAGGUAUUAACUAGAAUGUGAAUCCUUAAAAUUUAUCUUUAUAGCUGUAAAAAUUGUAUAUAGAAAUUUAUAGUAGAAACACUAUUACAAAGUUCAGCCACUAUGCAUUAAUAAUAUAUCUAUUAAUUUUUAUCUUUAUAAGGUUAUGUUUGUUCAUUUCCAGCAGUACUAAAAGCAACUUAUGUUGACAUGGUUUAGUUGUCCCUAAGUAAAUGAUUUUCAAAUGCUAAA